AUUAUUUUGUUAGCUUUUGUUAGCGCGCUGGGGAAACGUUGACUAUCAGAAUUUCGGUUCUCUGUGAUCCUUUCAAGAAUCAUAUUAGUUGAUUCACUUGGUGUACUGGAAUACUGGUAAAAAUGAUCAGUUGACUUUCUAAUCCAGACCCAUGUCACCUCUUACAAAGAUUGUCUUUAAAUUCAAUCUGCAAUUACCAGGGUCGGCGAAUCGAAGGGUGAAUUAAGUGGGGAGGGGCCUUUGGGAGCUAGAUUUUAACAGAAAUUUAAUGUUACUGGCAAGCAAUUAACUCUCCGAAACAACCUUUCGAGAGUUGCCGGGAUCAGGCCUUUCAGUUUAGAUAUUGCAACUAGACCCGAAGUUGCAGAAAUAACUGUGAAUCGAAGAAACAUACCGUGAUUAAUUUAAAGAAAUCGUGUAUUCCAACAUGUCAACUGAACAUGAUCUUCACUGAAUCUUCUGCUAUAACCUAUACGUUUCGUCUCAUGUUGUCGUAAAAGAAUUUCGCGCAUGGAGGCGUUAUUUAUCGAUUUGUUUGUGCGCGCCAUGAUGAUGCCAGCAUAUAGGUAACUGAUAUUAUCGACAUAUUAACAAGUUGCUAUCAGUCUGAUAUAACGUUUGAAGUAUUAGCAUUUCACGCCAUCUUCGUUGAGGGAAUUGCAGGGUUCUUUUAGCGUUUCACAGUUGAGGGCAUGCUGAAGAAAAAUGCUCGUCUUGUAUAUUGGUUUGUUUCUCGCUUCAUUCCCAGUCGCAUGUGAUGCCGCCCCACGCAGUUCUUUUCUAGCGCUUCCUGCCGAAAUCAGGUUUGGCAGGUUGGGCAGAUAUCAAGUUGAAAAACGCCAAGAUAUCUUUAUUUCAGUGCCGACACCGACACCGACAUCUCUCCUACCAGUUUGCACCCCAGAGCAGUUGAAUGAAUUUCCCAGUUGUGCUGGUUAUAAGGCAUUUGGCUGGUGUGAGAUCACGGACAACAUGUUAAUAGCAGCUAUAAUGACCAAUUGCUUUUUUACCUGUGGAAGGUGCCGAGAACCACCACCAACACCAGCCCCGACGACUGCACCACCGGUUUGCAUCGCUGACAUCUCUUCAAAUUGUGCGGGCUAUAAAGCACUUAGCUUAUGUGAUCUUACGGACGCCAGCAGCUUCUUUUUUAGGUUUCUGGUUCAGAACUGCAAUGCCACAUGUGGGGAAUGCGAACCGCCAACAAUGAUGGCUCCAAUAACCGAACGACCAACGACGCCGUCAACUAUGGCACCGCCGUCGACUAUGACACCGCCUUCGACUAUGCCACCGUCUACUAUGUCGCCGUCGACUAUGCCACCGUCGACUGAGUCCCUGUCGACUAUGCCACCAUCGACUGAGUCGCCGUCGACUAUACCACCGUCGACUAUACCAAAGUCGACUGAGUCGCCAUCGACUAUGCCACCGUCGACUGAGUCGCCGUCAACUAUGCCACCGUCGACUGAGUCGCCGUCGACUAUACCACCGUCGACUGAGUCACCGUCGACUAUGCCACCGUCGACUGAGUCGCCGUCAACUAUGCCAUCGUCGACUAUACCACCGUCGACUGAGUCGCCGUCGACUAUACCACCAUCGACUGAGUCGCCGUCGACUAUACCACCGUCGACUGAGUCGCCGUCAACUAUACCACCGUCGACUGAGUCGCCGUCAACUAUAUCACCGUCGACUGAGUCGCCGUCGACUAUUCCACCGUCGACUGAGUCGCCGUCGACUAUACCACCGUCGACUGAGUCGCCGUCAACUAUGCCACCGUCGACUGAGUCGCCGUCAACUAUACCACCGUCAACUGAGCCGCCGUCGACUAAGCCACCGUCGACGGAGCCGCCGUCAACUAUGCCACCGUCGACUGAGUCGCCGUCGACUAUGGAACAGCCGUCGACCAUGGCACCGCCCACUGAGCCACCGUCGACUAUGGCCCCUCCUACUUUAGCACCAGAAGAUGCUGCCUGUCUGCAAGCUCACAACGCCAAGCGAGCUCUUCAUGGGUCACAACCGCUGGCCUGGAGUGAUGUACUGGCUCAGCAUGCUCAAGCAUGGGCUGACCACCUGGCAGCGACAGAGACCUUUGUGCACGAACAGGGCAUUGAUGAAGGAGAAAAUCUGUAUUUUGUUAGGGCUUCAACUACCCGCAGUUGCUCCGACGCAGUAGAAUCCUGGUAUAGUGAAGAGCUUCUGUACGAUUAUGACAGACCGCCACAAACAAUCCAAGAGUUUCUUGAAUCUGACAUCGGCCACUUCACUCAGAUUGUUUGGAAUGGGACUACAAUGGUAGGAGCAGGUAUCGCCACCGUAGUUGGAGGACGUCCCCCAAUCCAGACCUACAUAGUGGCUCGGUAUGCGCCACCUGGAAACGUCCUUGGCCGUUUUACAGAGAACGUCAUGCGACCAGUAGUCCCGAUCUAAGUCUAUAGUGCCACCUGACAUCUGCGGGAAGGCGGCCAAUGGUUCCGCUAGAUAGUCAGUUGGCUAUCAUAUAUAGCGAUUAAACAAUGGCAGCAGAUUACAUCGUUUGGUUUUGCACCAUACGUGUUGUGAACGAUGGGGAAUGGAGCAUUACGAUUUGUUACACAGUUGUCUCUUGUCGGCAAAGUCUAAAACAUUCUAAACUUCAGUAGCAUCAAAUAGGGAAAUAAGAUAUUUUUUUUUCUAGAUAAGGUAGAAGAAUAUACCGCAUACUUCUCUUGCAAUUAUAAGCUUGAUUUGAACGUUGCUAGAAAUUAAUGUGUGUAAAUAUUUUCUUUCUAAGCGAAAACGAAAACAAAUAAAUCACCAACAUGUGUCAUGUAUUCA